AUGGCCUCGUGUGUCCAUUCCAGUGCCCCGGAUCUGAUUCCACCAGGGUCCUCCCAAGCUGUCUAUCGAGAGGACUGCACUCAGUGCUUUGAUUCCAUUGACGAUGACGCCGGACUAAACGUUUGCCUACAAUGUUUCAAUGGCGGAUGUGCGGGCGAUAGAAACCAUGGCCUGCUUCACUUCCAGCGUUUUGGUCAUUCUCUGGCUCUCAACAUCAAAAGAACCCCGAAGAAAGUCCAGCGCGAUGAACCCCCACCCAAGAUCUCAAAACUUGCCAUUGCUGCCGAGACAGAUGAUGAUAGAUAUGACGUUGCUACGUCGGUGGUGUGCUAUGCUUGCUCUCAAGACAACGUGAACAAGGCCGACGGCAAUCUUCCCGCCGUGAUUGAAGGUGUUAUGACUGCAAUGACUCACUCAAAGAAAGAAGAAGUUAAGGCCUGGGAGCAAGAGUUUGUUCCCUGUGAGCAUACACUUUGUCUGGUCCAACAAGAAAACCUGAAAACCGCCUCAGCAGACUCGAACCACUGCAACGACUGCGACCUGGGCGAGAACCUCUGGCUUUGUUUAGAGUGUGGUAACAAAGGUUGUGGACGGAGUCAAUUUGGCGGGAGUCAAGGAAACUCACACGGUCUUACUCAUGCUGACUCAAAUUCACAUGCCGUUGCUGUCAAGCUCGGCUCUAUCACAGCGGAGGGUUCCGCGGAUGUUUACUGUUACAAGUGCAACGAGGAAAGAGUGGAUCCAGAGUUGGCCGCACACCUUGCUCACUGGGGUAUCUACUUGGCAGGACGGGAGAAGACUGAAAAGAGCUUGAUGGAAAUGCAGGUUGAGCACAACCUCAAAUGGGAAUUCUCUAUGAAAACAGAGGAUGGCCGGGAGCUGACCCCAAUCUUUGGCCCUGAUCUAACCGGCCUGGCCAAUCUUGGAAACAGCUGUUAUCUGUCCAGUAUCAUGCAGAGUAUAUUUUCGAUCACUGGAUUCCGCGAUCGAUACUAUCAUCCGUCCGAAGAGCCACCAAUGAGUCCGGCACCAGCCCAAGAUCUCGAAACCCAAUUGCGAAAACUUGCAGAUGGUAUUCUCUCGGGCCGAUAUUCCCGACCCGAUCCUCGCUCUGUACCAUCGGUGGAUGCAACCGAAGCUGCUCAUCAGAAAGGUGUGGCGCCGGCAAUGUUCAAAUACCUUGUUGGGCAGGGCCAUGAAGAGUUUUCAACCAUGAGACAGCAAGACGCAUUCGAGUUCCUUCUCCACCUCUUCAAGUUGGUGACCCGAUCAAAUCUCUCAAGUGGGCUGUACAACCCUGUACAGGACUUCCGUUUCCAAGUUGAGCAGCGCCUCCAAUGUUUGAAUUGCAAGAAGGUGCGCUAUAGAGUGGAUGAGCAAGAAAAUAUCUCAGUGGCCGUCCCUGCACGCCCAAUUACCAAUUCCGAGGAAUCCGGAACUGAAUAUGAGGCUGUGACAAUUUCUCAGUGCCUGGACAUAUUCACUUCAACAGAGGUUGUUGAGCUUACGUGUCCUGGUUGCGGCGGCAAGGAUGGCUUCUCGAAACGCUCGCUUUUUAAAACAAUGCCCAAGGAGUUGGUGGUCAAUGCUCGCCGAUUUGAGCUUGUCAACUGGGUCCCUACAAAGCUUGAUAUCCCUGUGCUUGUUGAUGACAAGACCCUGGAUUUCAGCUCCUAUGUUGCCGGAGAGCGUGAUCAGAACGAGGAGGAGCUACCAGAGGUUGAUGAAUCGACCGCAUUUGUCCCCAAAGCGGGAGCCCUCGAUCAACUUAUGGCCAUGGGAUUCCCCGCCGUGAGGUGUGAAAAGGCUCUACAUGCGACUGGCAAUGAAGAUCCGGAGGCUGCUAUGAACUGGCUCUUUGCCCACAUGGAAGAUGCAGACAUUGAUGAGCCACUUGUUUUGAAGGCAAAGAGCCCCGGAUCAGGUGUUGCGGAACAGGAUCCGAUGAAAAUCGCGCAGCUCGGAGAUAUGGGUAUCGAGGCCCCUCGGGCUCAGCGCGCCCUGGCUGCAACCGACGGCGAUGUCAACAGGGCAGUCGAUUGGGUCUUCAGUCACCCCGACGACGAGGACCUACCUACUGCUGACGACCACAGCCCACAAUCCGGUCACACCGCUGGGCUUACUGAUCUUCCAGCUCGCUAUGAACUGCGCUCAAUUGUGUGCCACAAAGGCACUUCAGUUCACGCAGGACACUACGUUGCAUUGAGUCGCAAGCAGUUGCCAGGUCAGGAUGGCCUUUCAUGGGUGAUGUUCAAUGAUGAAAAGGUUGUGAAGUUCGAAGAUACCGAGGCAAUGAAGAAGUCUGCAUAUGUCUAUUUCUUCACGCGGGUUUAA